UAUAUUCAGUUUAUUAAUACAGGAAUUUCCCCAGACUGCUUGUCUUCCACUUGGGGAACAGAUAGAGAAGGUGCUAUGCCUGGAGGAGAGGGUUUCAGUGCAAGAUCUCUUGCAGCUAUGCAAGGAUUCAGGGCUACUUCCCUGUUUGAGUCCUCCUUCCUGCCUGCCUGGGCAUUUCCCGACAUCCCUCUCCCCCUCUUCUCAUAUAAUUUAAGAAUUAAAGAGCUUAAAUGAUCAAAUCAACAUUUCCAUACAGUACUGUGUUAAGAGACUGUUUUGUUAAUGGUAUCCUAUGGAGGUCUAAUCAGACAAUUCUACUAAGUUCUAUAGUUGGAACAAAUCUCACGGGAUUAUAAUUAAUAGAGGACGAAGAGUUUUGCAAAGAAGCGGAAAGCAACGUCCAUCAAAAUCUUUCCAGGGGAGGGGGGAAUCCGAUGGAGUCGGUUCUGGGACGCCCCUAACUUCCCGAUUUCAAGGCAGAAAGGUCGGCUAUCUUAACGGAGACGGACGCGUUAAGAAAUAAGACAUCUAUGAGGCAACUCCAUCAGAUUGGGGAACAGCACGUGUAAACUAAGGAAGGGGGGGCAGUUAAGCACCCAAUGAUUGACAACAGAGGCGGAGCCUUCCGAGUGACUCCGAUGACGUAGCCGGCCGUGAGAAAGAAGCGGCGCCGGGGGGGGGGUGAUUGACAACAGGGGCGUGGCAUUAAUAGCAUGGCGGCCUCCGCGGGCGCUGCUGCACUGGGUCGAAAUUCGCGCGCGGCUCUUUCACCUUGGGCGCUGCGGGUCCCACGCGCCGGGCGCGGGCGGCUGCUGAGCCCCGCCAGCCUCGGAGGGCGCGCGCCGGCCGCCCUGGCCGCUUCUCACCAGCCGAGUGCGGGAGGAGAGGAGCGCUACUGCCUGGAUUUGCUGCGAAAACGGGAUUAUGAAGGCUUCCUGUGUGCACUGCUGUUGCCUGCAGAAUCACGUGCCUCUGUCUUUGCCCUGAGAGCCUUCAAUGUAGAACUGGCUCAGAUUAGAGACUCUGUAACUGAGAAAACCAUCGGUUUGAUGCGGAUAGAGUUUUGGAGGAAUGCUGUAGAAGACAUUUACCAGGAUAAUCCACCACAACAACCAGUGGCAAUAGAGCUAUGGAAGGCUGUUAAGAGGCAAAACCUGACCAAAAGAUGGCUUAUGAAUAUUAUUGACCAAAGGGAAAAGAAUCUGGAUGACCGAGCAUAUCAGGAUAUCAGUGAACUUGAGACAUAUGCUGAAAGUACACAGAGUGCACUCCUUUAUCUCACACUAGAAACACUUGGCGUGAGGGACAUCCACGCAGACCAUGCAGCCAGUCACAUAGGGAAGGCCCAAGGCAUUGUCACGUGUUUAAGGGCUACUCCAUACCAUGCUAGCAGAAGGAAGGUGUUUCUCCCCAUGGAUAUUUGCAUGCUGCAUGGUGCUUCACAAGAGGAUUUCCUAAGAAAAAAUGAGGUGAAGAAAAUAAAAGAUAUUGUAUAUGACGUUGCAAGUCAAGCCCAUGUUCAUCUGGAACAUGCUAGGUCCUUCAAGAAGAAUAUCCCUGCCAAAGCAUUUCCUGCCUUCCUUUGUACAGUUGCUAUUGAAGAUUAUUUACAUAAAAUACAAAAAGCUGACUUCAAUGUAUUUCAUCCAAGUUUGCACCAGAAAAGCACUUUACUACCUUUGCGUUUGUACAUUAGAUCAUGGAAAAAAGCUUAUUGAAAAAUAUAAGAUUUGAGUCUU